AUGGCGGGUGGCAGCGGCGAGGGCGCCGCAAUGUCGCCGCCUUCCUCCUCCGGCGUUGGCGGCGGCGGCGGUGGCGGAAAGCGCGGGAGGGAUCCGGAGGAGGACGUGUACGUGGACAACCUCCACUCCCACAAGCGGUACCUCAGCGAGAUAAUGGCGUCCAGCCUGAAUGGGCUCUCUGUUGGAGAUUCGCUUGCCGACAACAUCAUGGAGUCCCCUGCGAGGUCGGAGAGUUCCUCUUGUAUCAGGGACGAAAUAAUCUCCCAAUACUCACCAAUGUCAGAAGACUCAGAUGACUACCGGUACUUCGACACACAACUAAACCCCAACGGGAGUCAAGGUGAUGCAAUGGUCAGCCCAUCAACUAGUCCAAUGUCAUCUCCUCACCGGUUCCAGAAACCACAAGCUAGUUUCCUACCAUCAAGCCCAUAUCCUCUCCCCAGCUGCUCCCUCUCAUCCGUGGCUUGCUCUCACCCUCGGCGUGGCUCUGAGAAUGAAGGCCGGUUCCCGUCUUCACCCAAUGACAUGUGCCAUGGCGCGGACCUGAGGCGAACGGCACUACUGAGGUCGGUGCAAAUGAGGGUGCAUGGUCCCCAUGCGUACGACCCAUCAUUCGGCAGCCGGCAGGAGCAAGAACAUGUCCAUGAGCAUGAUGAUGAACAUGGUCAUGAGCAUCUGGAAGAUUUGGGAGGGCCAGAAAGACCAUCUUGCAGGAAAUCAAUUGAUAAUGAAGCUAGUGGCUACCAGGGGGCUGAAAACAGCUAUGGGCGGCAGGAGCAUGAUAUCGAUUACAUCGACGGCUGCACAGCUGAUGAUGUCUUGAGUGGCCCCAAGUUCAAGCAAGAAGAUGAUAACCAAGGUAAUUCUGACGCCAGCAUGGAUAAAACUAGAUAG